AUGGUAAAUGCACAAAGAAAGGAUUGGUCUGAGAAGCUGGAUGAUGCAUUUUGGGAGUAUAGAACUGCAUAUAAAACACCCAUAGGGACUUCUCCCUAUCACAUAGUGUUCGGCAAAACAUGUCAUCUUUCAGCAAAAUUAGAACACCAAGCAUAUUGGGCGAUAAAGAAGUUAAAUCUUGAUCUUGAGCUGGCUGGUAGGAAGAGAGUGGAUCAACUACAUGAACUUGAGGAGUUUAGGCUUCAUGCGUAUGAGAAUGAAAAGUUUUACAAACAAAAGAUGAAAAGGUGGCAUGCUAAGCACAUAAUUCCUCGCACUUUCACUCUGGGAGAAAAGAUACUACUUUUUAACUCUAGAUUAAGGUUAUUCACCAGAAAACUAAGGUCUAAAUGGAGUGGUCCCAUCGAAGUGGUAAGGAUGACACAACAUGGUGCCGUUGAACUUUAA